AUGAACAAGACACAUUUUGAGUUUUUCUUCAUUUUUCUUAUUCUCCUUGCUUCUGAGAUGGUGAUACAAAUCGAGGGAACACGUUGUGAGUUGAAGAGUUAUCAGUUUCAAGGGAUUUGUUUUAGUGAUCGCAGUUGUGCUAAAGUUUGUAAUGUUGAAGGUUAUAUUGCAGGUGGUAAAUGCAGAGGAUUCUUUAGUCACUGCUAUUGCAAAAAGAGUUGUUAA